GAGCCGAUUCCGUCUGUCUUGUCGCACUCAGUGGGACGAUAAGACAUCACCGGUCUUUCCUCUCGAUCCCUUCUCUUGGGACGUGGCUCGUCCGUCCUUCAGUGUACGUGUGUGAUGCUCCUCGGCUGUGAUUCAUUUCUGUUGGCGUAAUUUAAGCGGCAAAAAUAGACGAAAGGAACGAGUAGAUAAAGUAAACGAAAAAGUGCUAUCGAAAAAAACAAACAUGGCGGUCUGUUCGCUAUUCAAGUGUCCGGUGAUUUUCCUGCUGUUGAUCGCCAGUUCCCUGCUCAAUGUCGGCUUAGCUGAGGAGCCAACGUUCACUCAAUGCCGAGUACACAUCGAGGCGGCCAUCAAAGGCAUAGGAACUGACGAACAGCCAGAGCCAGAGCCAUCAAGCCUCCCUGAAGAAUCACCCGUUGAAGAACAGCUGAUCGAAGCAAUAAUCGAACAUGUUGAAGAAUUCUUCGAAGUUCAACUUCCAGAGAUCCCAGUAGAGAAACCAGUUCCUGAAAUCAUCGAAGAGGAACAAGACGAUGUGGGCCAAGAGGAUGAGGGACAAGAUGAAACUGACGACAUCAACGACGUUGACGCUUCAGAUGACGACCAGGUGGAUGAUGAGCAAGACCAAGAUAUAGCAGAGGAAGAGGAAUCUCAUCUAGAGGAAACUCUCCCAGCUGAAGAACCCAUUUACGAAGAACCAGUGGUUGAAGAAACUGUCGUAGAAGAACUACCAGUUGCCGAAGCCCAGGUAGCCGAAGAACCACUUCCGGAAGAACCUAUUCCCGAAGCUGAGCCUGUCCCAGAACCAGAAGUUGUUGAGGAACCUGUAGUAAUCGAGGAACCAGUAGUAAUUGAAGAGCCAGUAGUAAUCGAAGAACCAGUACCAGAGCCCGAGUCAGUCCCUAUUGUAGAAGAGCCUGUAUUGGAGGAGCCUGUAGUUGAGGAGCCAGUGGCUGCACCAGUAGAAGAAGUACCCGUCGUUGAAGAACCACAGGUAGCCGAACCUGAAGCUCCCGUAGUGGAAGCCGCUCCGGUGAUUGUCGAUGACCCAGCCGAAGGAACUAUCGAAGAAGCACCGGAAGAGCGACGAUCGCGGGACCACAUUGCUCAAAUCUUGCGCCUUGGCGAAGAGCCCGAGAAUAAAAUGAUGCGCGACGGUAUCGUACUUAACGUCCUCAAGGAUGUCAAGAAACUGGUAGAAAACUCUGUUCGUUCUUUGGAGGGUAUCUUCAAGUACAACGAUGUCUCAAAUCGCAACUUUGGAGAUUCCGAGAUUUUCUCCAAGCCAUUGGUACUCUUUUUGGGCCCGUGGAGUGGCGGAAAAUCAUCGAUUGUCAACUACCUUCUCGGCACCGAAUACACACAGAACGCACUGAAAACAGGUGCUGAACCAUCAGCCACCUUCUUCCAGAUUCUGAUGCACGGAGAAUCUGAGGAAAUGUUGGACGGUACCCAAUUGGCUGCCGACUGGACCUUCUCCGGCCUCCAAAAGUUUGGCCAAGCUUUCAUCGAUCGACUUCGUGGCAAGCGAUUGCCCAACCAACUCCUCGAAAAGGUCAACAUUGUUGAAGUACCCGGUAUCUUGGAGGUCCGCAAGCAAGUCGACCGCCCUUACCCAUUCAACGAUGUCGUCCAAUGGUUUAUCGACCGAGCCGAUAUCAUUUUCGUCGUUUACGACCCGACUAAACUCGACACGGGACUUGAACACGAAGCUCUUUUCGACCAGCUCAAGGGACGCCAAAAUCAAGUCCGAGUGCUGUUGAACAAGGCUGAUUCUGUGACCCAGGAAGAGCUAUUGCUCAUUCAAAACAACUUGGUUUGGAACUUAUCGCCCCUGAUGGCCAGCUCUCUACCUCCCACUCUUUACGCCGGUUCAUAUUGGUCAAAACCGUACAAACCCGAUGCCCCCGUCCGACUCCUGAAAUCACACGAAACGCACAUGCUGCAAGAUCUUCGCGAUACGAUCGACAGCGUGGUUGAAAACACUAUCGCCGAGGCCCGCCGUCACGCUGUUCGAGUGAGGAACCACGCUAAGAUGGUCGAUUGCUAUUUGACAACUUUCCUGAAUCACAAAGGAUUUUUCGGUAACAAAAAAGCCGUUGCCGACGAUAUCAUCGAGAACCCCCACAACUACCACAUCUUUGAAGGCCUGAGCACUUUGAGCAACAUCUCGCGUUACGAUCUGCCUGAUUCUGAAGUUUACAAGGACUUUUUCCGUCUUCACCCACUCUACGACUUCAAGCCGCUCGCCUCCACCUGCACUUUCUUCCGCGGCUGUCCGCUCGACAAGCUCGACACUGCCAUUGCUUACGAGCUCCCCGAGCUCGUUGGCAAAUAUAAGAAGCGGUUACAAAGCAUUGUCUCCAAAAAAUCGGGCCAUUAGCUCUAUCCUAAUUUCUUCUUCAAAACCUUGCCUUUCAAGUUCAAGCCUUAUCUUUUAAAGUAACCCUUUUCCUAGUGAUAGAAUCCUAAUUGAAUAUUUGUGAAGGAGGACCCAAACAAAAAAAAACACAAAACCAAAGAAACAAACAAAAAUCGAGUGCUCUUCCUGAUGGAUCUAACUGGUUGUUUGUUGAUCGAUAAUCUGGAUUAAAUCUUUGACUGACGCUCGAGUCUGUUCAACGAUUUCGUCAAAGAACAAUGGGGAGUGGCGGAAGUUAGGUUAGAAGAAAAUGUAAAUGAAAUAGGCCAAAGAGUGAACAAAUCCCAUUAAACUGGACGUUAAAAAUAACUCCCCGUCGCCAUUGCGGGUGAUAUGUGCAGAAGAAACCAGGAAUACACAAGGUCUACCAAAUAAAA